AUGGGAGCGCCACCCGAGCCAAUGUUUGCAUCGCAGAUAAUGGGCUUUGUGUUUGACAAAGCUCACUGUAUCACAUCCUGGGGAGAGGUUUGCAAUGAAUAUAAAGAGUUGGAGCGCUUGCGGUACAUCUUACCUUGCUAUGUUCCAUUUAUGAUUGCAUCGGCAACGCUCACGCCAGAUACCCUACAAGAUGUGCAGAGGUUGCUUCAUAUGCAUUCGGAGAAUCUCUUGAUGGUCCAUAUGUCCACGGAUCGACCAAAUAUCAAAAUCUGUGUCCGCAAAAUUAGAUAUUCUCUCUCGUCAUACGUGGACCUGGGAUUCCUCGUACCUACAGGCUGGACACCAGGGGAUCAAGUACCCCAAAAGUUCUUCAUCUUCUUCAAUAGCAUCCAGGACGCAAUGGGAGCUGCAAAGUACUUGCAGAGUUGCCUUCCACCUGAACUGCGAGAGAAAAUCAAAUGGUUUAAUUCAGACAUGACAUCAAAAUUCAAGGAAGCUGAGGUCGACAACCUCGUUACUGGAGAUACAUGGGGACUCUGUACGACAGAGUCCUUUUGA